AUGGAUACCUACCCCACUGCGGGCUACUACAGGGGUGCAGCAUACUUUGGUUCUGGUGUGCUGUGGUGCAGGGUGGCUGCUGGAUUUAUUUAUACCUGUGGUGGAACAUUAAAAGGACUUAAUGGCACUAUAGAAAGCCCUGGCUUCCCAUAUGGAUAUCCAAAUGGUGCAAACUGUACAUGGGUUAUAAUAGCAGAAGAAAGAAACAGAAUACAGAUCGUCUUUCAGUCUUUUGCUCUAGAAGAAGAAUAUGAUUAUUUGUCAUUGUAUGAUGGGCAUCCUCAUCCUGCAAACUUUAGGACAAGGUUAACAGGAUUUCAUCUUCCUCCACCUGUGACAAGUACAAAAUCUGUAUUUUCACUGCGCUUGACAAGUGACUUUGCAGUUAGUGCUCAUGGCUUUAAAGUUUACUAUGAAGAAUUACAGAGUAGUUCCUGUGGCAAUCCAGGAGUUCCACCAAAGGGUAUCUUGUACGGUACAAGAUUUGAUGUUGGUGACAAAAUCCGAUACAGCUGUGUAACUGGAUAUAUUUUGGAUGGCCACCCUCAGCUUACUUGCAUAGCAAACUCUGUGAAUACAGCAUCAUGGGACUUCCCUGUUCCUAUCUGUAGAGCUGAGGAUGCAUGUGGAGGAACUAUGAGAGGAUCCAGUGGUAUCAUCUCGAGCCCCAACUUUCCUAAUGAAUACCAUAAUAAUGCAGAUUGCACAUGGACAAUUGUGGCAGAGCCUGGGGAUACUAUCUCACUCAUAUUUACAGAUUUCCAAAUGGAAGAAAAAUAUGAUUAUUUGGAAGUUGAAGGUUCUGAACCACCUACAAUAUGGCUGGCUUCUGCAGUUCUUGAUCUCAGUGUAGAUGCAUUGUAUAAAACAAGUAAAAGAAAUAAAACACAGAUAUCAGAGGGGCUGGCAGCAGCUAGUGAUAACUAUACUGUCUGCAAAGCACGUACUUGUGGAUCCAAUCUUCAGGGACCUGGAGGCACUUUCACCUCACCCAAUUUUCCAUUCCAGUAUGACAGCAAUGCUCAAUGUGUGUGGGUCAUCACAGCUAUCAAUACUAAUAAGGUUAUUCAGAUAAAUUUUGAAGAAUUUGAUCUGGAGAUUGGCUAUGACACACUGACAAUUGGUGAUGGAGGAGAAGUGGGUGAUCCUAAAACUGUGCUUCAAGUGUUAACUGGGAGCUUUGUACCAGACUUAAUUGUGAGCAUGAGCAAUCAGAUGUGGUUGCACCUUCAAACGGAUGAAAGCGUGGGCUCAAUCGGUUUCAAGGUUAACUACAAAGAAAUUGAAAAGGAAAGCUGUGGGGAUCCUGGAACACCAUUGUAUGGUAUCAGAGAAGGAGAUGGAUUUUCUAACCGUGAUGUUUUAAGGUUUGAGUGUCAAUUUGGAUUUGAAUUAAUUGGAGAGAAAUCUAUCAUUUGCCAAGAAAACAACCAGUGGUCUGCAAACAUACCUAUUUGUAUUUUUCCUUGCCUUUCCAAUUUCACUGCACCAAUGGGAACAGUUCUUUCACCUGAUUAUCCAGAGGGAUAUGGGAAUAAUUUAAACUGUAUCUGGACAAUAAUUUCAGACCCUGGGAGCCGAAUCCAUCUCUCUUUUAAUGACUUUGAUUUGGAAUCUCAGUUUGACUUUCUUGCAGUUAAAGAUGGUGACUCUCCAGAUUCCCCCAUAAUAGGAACAUUUACAGGUGCUGAAGUUCCUUCCCAUCUUACCAGUAAUGGUCAUAUUUUACGUCUGGAAUUUCAAGCUGACCAUUCAAUGUCAGGACGUGGAUUUAACAUCACUUACAACACAUUUGGACAUAAUGAGUGCCCUGAUCCUGGAGUGCCAAUCAAUGCUCGGCGUUUUGGUGACAACUUUCAGCUGGGGAGCUCAAUUUCUGUUAUAUGUGAGGAAGGAUUUAUUAAAACCCAAGGAACUGAAACAAUUACUUGCAUGCUGAUGGAUGGAAAAGUAAUGUGGAGUGGACCUAUCCCGAAGUGUGGAGCUCCAUGUGGUGGGCAUUUUUCAUCUCCCAGUGGAGUAAUCCUCUCUCCAGGCUGGCCAGGGUAUUAUAAAGAUUCCUUGAAUUGUGAGUGGGUGAUAGAAGCUGAACCAGGACACUCUAUCAAAAUUACAUUUGAAAGAUUUCAGACAGAACUCAAUUAUGAUGUGUUGGAAGUUCAUGAUGGACCAAACUUAUUAUCUCCACUUUUGGGAUCUUAUAAUGGUACACAGGUCCCACAAUUCCUGUUUAGCAGUAGCAAUUUCAUUUAUCUUCUCUUUACAACUGACAACAGUCGUUCUAACAAUGGAUUCAAGAUUCACUAUGAAAGUGUAACUGUUAAUACUUACUCUUGCUUGGAUCCUGGCAUACCAGUGCAUGGACGUCGUUAUGGACAUGACUUCUCUAUAGGUUCCACCGUCUCAUUUAGUUGUGAUCCGGGUUAUAGGCUGAGUCAUGAGGAGCCUUUGCUAUGUGAAAAAAAUCACUGGUGGAGUCACCCACUCCCAACUUGUGAUGCUUUAUGUGGUGGAGAUGUUAGAGGACCUAGUGGAACAAUUUUAUCCCCUGGCUAUCCUGAUCUGUAUCCAAACUCACUGAAUUGUACAUGGACUGUGGAUGUUACCCAUGGAAAAGGAGUGCAGUUCACCUUCUACACCUUUCAUUUGGAGGAUCAUCAUGACUACUUACUAAUAACAGAGAAUGGCAGUUUUACACAGCCAUUAGCACGUCUGACUGGCUCAGAGCUUCCUUCACCAAUCAAUGCUGGUCUCUAUGGAAAUUUCAGGGCUCAGUUGCGCUUUAUUUCAGAUUUUUCAAUAUCAUAUGAAGGAUUUAAUAUUUCUUUCUCUGAGUAUAAUCUUGAACCUUGUGAAGAUCCUGGGAUCCCACAAUUUGGUAAUAGAAUAGGAUUUAAUUUUGGAGUGGGAGAUAUUCUGACAUUCUCCUGUUCAUCUGGAUAUCGUUUAGAAGGUGCAUCAGAGAUUAUUUGUCUUGGUGGUGGCCGACGAGUAUGGAGUGCACCUCUGCCAAGGUGUGUGGCUGAAUGUGGAGCCUCCACGACAAAUAAUGAAGGAAUCUUACUGUCCCCAAAUUAUCCUCUUAACUAUGAAAACAACCAUGAAUGUAUUUAUAGCAUUCAGGUACAAGCGGGGAAAGGAAUCAAUAUUUCUGCCAGAACAUUUCACUUAGCCCAAGGAGAUGUUCUUAAGAUCUAUGAUGGCAAAGACAACACUGCUCACCUGCUGGGUGCAUAUUCUGGGGCAUCAUUAAGAGGCCUAACGCUAAGUAGUACUUCAAAUCAUUUGUGGUUGGAAUUUAACUCAGACAUGGAGGGCACUGAUGAAGGUUUUCAGCUUGUGUAUACCAGUUUUGAGCUUUCACAUUGUGAGGACCCUGGUGUGCCACAGUUUGGAUAUAAAAUCAGUGACCAAGGCCAUUUUGCUGGAAGCACUAUAAUUUAUGGAUGCAAUCCAGGUUAUACACUCCAUGGAAGUAGCCUUUUAAAGUGUAUGACUGGAGAAAGAAGGGCAUGGGACUAUCCUCUGCCAUCAUGUAUUGCUGAAUGUGGAGGCCGUUUUAAAGGAGAAUCAUCAGGAAGAAUCUUGUCUCCUGGCUAUCCUUUUCCCUAUGACAACAAUCUGCGUUGCAUGUGGAUGAUUGAAGUAGACCCAGGAAAUAUUGUCAGCCUCCAAUUUCUUGCCUUUGAUACUGAGGCAUCCCAUGACAUUCUACGAGUUUGGGAUGGUCCACCUGAGAAUGAGAUGUUACUCAAAGAAAUUAGUGGAUCCCUUGUUCCUGAAGGCAUUCACAGUACACUCAACGUAGUAACUAUACAGUUUGACACAGAUUUCUAUAUCAGCAAAUCUGGAUUCGCCAUACAGUUUUCAAGUUCUGUAGCUACUGCCUGCCGUGAUCCUGGUGUCCCCAUGAAUGGAACUAGAAAUGGGGAUGGAAGAGAACCUGGAGACACUGUCAUUUUUCAGUGUGACCCUGGCUAUGAACUGCAAGGAGAUGAGAGAAUAACCUGCAUUCAGGUAGAAAAUAGGUACUUCUGGCAGCCCAACCCACCAGUCUGUAUAGCUCCCUGUGGAGGAAACUUGACUGGCUCAUCAGGUUUUAUACUUUCACCAAACUUCCCUCAUCCUUAUCCCCACAGCAGAGAUUGUGACUGGACUAUCACUGUUAAUAAUGAUUAUGUUAUAUCAUUAGCAUUUAUCAGCUUCAGUAUAGAACCAAAUUAUGAUUUUCUUUAUAUCUAUGAUGGGCCAGACGGUAAUAGCCCACUGAUUGGGAGCUUUCAAGAUAGCAAGCUGCCAGAGAGGAUAGAAAGCAGUUCAAAUAACAUGCAUCUGGCUUUUCGGAGUGAUGGAUCUGUUAGUUUUACUGGAUUCCAUCUGGAGUACAAAGCAAAGCUUCGUGAGUCUUGCUUUGAUCCUGGAAAUAUAAUGAAUGGAACAAGACUUGGAAUGGAUUAUAAACUGGGGUCAACUGUCACAUAUUACUGUGAUGCAGGGUAUGUCCUUCAAGGAUAUUCUACACUAACAUGUAUCAUGGGAGAUGAUGGCAGACCUGGAUGGAACAGAGCCCUGCCCAGUUGUCAUGCACCCUGCGGAAGCCGGUCGACAGGGUCUGAAGGCACUGUAUUAUCACCAAACUACCCCAAGAAUUACAGUGUUGGUCACAACUGUGUUUACUCUAUCACUGUUCCUAAGGAAUUUGUGGUUUUUGGCCAGUUUGUAUUUUUCCAGACAUCACUCCAUGAUGUAGUUGAAGUAUAUGAUGGCCCAACUCUGCAGUCAUCUUUGUUAUCCUCUCUCUCAGGAUCUCAUUCAGGUGAAUCCCUUCCAUUGAGCUCAGGUAACCAGAUCACGGUUAGAUUUACUUCAGUUGGACCAAUAACAGCUAAAGGAUUUCAUUUUGUUUAUCAAGCUGUUCCAAGAACAAGUGCAACACAGUGUAGCUCUGUGCCUGAACCAAGAUUUGGAAAAAGGAUUGGAAAUGAAUUUGCAGUUGGGUCAUUGGUUCUUUUUGAGUGCAAUCCAGGUUAUAUCCUCCAUGGGUCAACAGCAAUUAGAUGUGAUACAGUACCAAAUGCAUUGGCACAGUGGAAUGAUUCACUCCCUACAUGUGUUGUGCCCUGUGGUGGAAUUUUAACAAAGCGCAAAGGGACUAUUUUGUCUCCUGGUUACCCUGAGCCUUAUGACAACAAUCUGAAUUGUGUGUGGAAGAUCACAGUACCAGAGGGAGCUGGGAUUCAAGUGCAGGUGGUAAGUUUUGCCACAGAGCACAAUUGGGAUUCCCUCGACUUUUACGAUGGUGCUGACAACAAUGCUCCAAGGCUUGGAAGUUAUUCAGGAACAACCAUACCUCCACUUCUCAACAGCACGUCAAAUAAUCUGUACCUAAAUUUUCAGUCUGAUAUCAGUGUUUCAGCUGCUGGAUUUCAUCUUGAGUAUACAGCUAUAGGUUUGGACUCUUGCCCUGAACCACAGACCCCAAGCAACGGGAUCAAAAUUGGAGACAGAUACAUGGUUGGAGAUGUGGUGUCCUUCCAGUGUGAUCAGGGUUAUUCUCUUCAGGGACAUUCACAUAUCACCUGUAUGCCUGGACCAGUAAGAAGAUGGAAUUAUCCGAUUCCAAUAUGUUUAGCACAAUGUGGUGGUGGCAUGUCGGACUUCAGCGGCGUGAUCCUCAGCCCUGGGUUUCCUGGCAACUACCCUAGCAGUUUGGAUUGCACAUGGACAAUAAAACUGCCUAUUGGUUUUGGUGUCCAUUUGCAGUUUGUGAAUUUCUCAACGGAGACCAUACAUGAUUAUUUAGAAGUUAGGAGUGGAUCUACAGAAACUAGCACUGUUAUUGGGAGACUAAGUGGCCCUCAGCUACCAGCCUCUUUGUUCAGCACAACUCAUGAAACCAGCUUAUACUUUCACAGCGAUUACUCACAGAACAAACAAGGAUUUCAUAUUGUAUAUCAAGCAUAUCAGUUACAAAGCUGUCCUGACCCUCGACCAUUUCGUAAUGGUUUUGUUAUCGGGAAUGACUUUACUGUGGGACAAACAAUUUCAUUUGAGUGUUUUCCUGGCUACACAUUAAUUGGAAAUUCAGCUCUGACUUGUCUUCAUGGCAUCAGCCGUAACUGGAAUCAUCCUCUCCCCAGAUGUGAAGCCCUCUGUGGAGGAAAUAUAACUGCAAUGAAUGGCACCAUAUACUCUCCAGGAUACCCUGAUGAGUAUCCAAACUUUCAAGACUGCUUCUGGCUUGUAAGGGUACCACCUGGGAAUGGAAUCUAUAUCAAUUUCACAGUUCUCCAAACAGAACCAAUAUAUGAUUUCAUAACUGUCUGGGAUGGACCAGACCAAACUUCUCCUCAAAUUGGACAAUUUAGUGGCAACACUGCAUUAGAAUCCGUCUAUAGCACUUCCAAUCAGAUUCUGAUCAAGUUCCACAGUGACUUUACUACCAGUGGCUUCUUUGUACUUAGUUAUCAUGCCUAUCAGCUCCGGGUCUGCCAGCCUCCAACAAAUAUACCAAAUGCUGAAAUUCUAACUGAGGAUGAUGAAUUCGAAAUAGGAGACAUAAUAAGAUACCAGUGUCAACCAGGCUUUACAUUGGUUGGUAAUGAGAUCCUGACAUGCCGACUAGGUGAAAGGCUUCAGAUGGAUGGAGCACCACCUACCUGUCAAGUGCUCUGUCCAGCCAAUGAAAUGCGUCUGGAUUCAACAGGAGUAAUACUGAGCCCUGGAUAUCCUGAUAGCUACCCAAAUCUCCAGAUGUGUGCAUGGACCAUUACUGUGGAAAAGGGUUACAAUAUCAGCAUGUUCUUCGAAUUCUUCCAGACAGAAAAGGAAUUUGAUAUACUUGAGGUGUUUGAUGGACCAAAUAGUCAUAGCCCACUGCUCAUUUCUCUCAGUGGGGACUAUUCGUCUUCUCUAAAUAUAACCAGCAAUGGCCAUGAAGUAUUUCUCCGGUGGUCAGCAGAUCAUGGCACCAAUAAAAAAGGUUUCAGGAUAAGAUAUAUAGCUCUCUACUGUAGUACUCCAGAGUCCCCUCCACAUGGUUUCAUUGUCAGUCAGACAGGUGGACAGCUCAACAGUAUGGUUCGCUGGGCUUGCGAUCGAGGUUUUCGGCUCAUUGGGAAAAGUACUGCUGUAUGCAGGAAGUCUCCAUAUGGUUAUUACUCAUGGGAUGUUCCAGUCCCAGCUUGUCAAGCAAUAUCUUGUGGAAUUCCUAAAGCUCCAUUAAAUGGUGGGAUAUUAACUACAGAUUACUUAGUUGGCACCCGCGUUACUUAUUUUUGCAAUGAUGGAUAUAGACUAUCAGCCAAGGAAUUUACUACUGCAGUCUGCCAGCCGGAUGGUACCUGGAGCAAUCACAAUAAAACACCUCGCUGUGUAGUUGUUACAUGUCCAAGCAUCAAUUCUUUUACACUGGAACAUGGAAGAUGGAGAAUAGUGAAUGGUUCACAUUAUGAGUAUAAAACAAAAGUAGUUUUCAGCUGUGAUCCAGGGUAUUACGGUUUGGGACCAGCAUCUAUCGAGUGUCUUGCUAAUGGCACCUGGAGUUGGAGGAAUGAGCGGCCUUACUGCCAAAUUAUUUCUUGUGGAGAACUUCCUACACCUCCAAAUGGGAAUAAGAUUGGAACGCAAAUCACAUACGGAUCUACAGCUAUAUUUACUUGCGACUCAGGAUACAUGCUAGUUGGCUCUGCAGUGAGGGAAUGUCUGUCUUCUGGACUCUGGAGUGGAAUUGAGACCAGGUGUUUAGCUGGUCACUGUGGUAUUCCAGAUCUUAUAGUCAAUGGCCAAGUAAUCGGAGAAAAUUAUGGAUAUAGAGACACAGUUGUAUACCAGUGCAGUCCUGGUUUUCGCUUGAUUGGUUCUUCUGUACGAAUAUGCCAACAGGAUCACAACUGGUCUGGUCAGCUUCCAUCCUGUGUGCCUGUUAGCUGUGGUCACCCUGGUAGUCCUAUUUAUGGAAGAACAAGUGGAAAUGGUUUCAACUUCAAUGAUGUUGUGACAUUCUCAUGUAAUACUGGGUAUGUUAUGCAAGGACCAACCAAAGCACAAUGUCAGGCUAAUAGGCAGUGGAGCCACCCACCUCCAAUAUGCAAAGUGGUCAAUUGUUCUGAUCCUGGAAUUCCUGCAAAUUCUAUAAGAGAAAGUAAAAUCGAACAUGGAAAUUUCACAUAUGGAACAGUGGUAUUUUAUGACUGUAAUCCUGGAUAUUUUUUAUUUGGAUCUUCAGUUUUAAUUUGUCAACCAAAUGGCCACUGGGACAAACCUCUGCCUGAAUGCAUUAUGAUUGACUGUGGCCAUCCUGGCGUUCCUCCUAACGCGGUCCUGUCUGGAGACAAAUAUACGUUUGGGUCUACUGUUCAUUAUACCUGCACAGGUAAACGAUCGCUGUUAGGGCAGUCAUCUCGUACAUGUCAGUUAAAUGGACACUGGAGUGGAUCUGUCCCUCAUUGCUCAGGUGAUACAGCUGAUUCUUGUGGUGAUCCAGGUAUCCCAGGUCAUGGGUCUAGAGAAGAAAACAAUUUUAAAAUUAAAAGCACCGUACAUUUCAGUUGUGAUGUUGGAUAUAUCCUCCAUGGCUCAGAAGAAAGGACAUGUAUGGCAAAUGGAAGUUGGACAGGAAGACAACCUGAGUGCAAGGCUGUGCAGUGUGGUAAUCCAGGAACAACUGCUAAUGGAAAAGUAUUUCGUAUUGAUGGAACUACAUUCUCUAAUUCAGUAAUUUAUUCAUGCAUGGAAGGAUACAUACUUUCUGGAUCAUCUGUAAGACAAUGCACUGCCAAUGGAACAUGGUCUGGAUCCUUGCCAAACUGCACAACUGGUUCCAAAAUAUUAGUGAAGGAUCCCAGACCAGCUUUGGGAACACCAAGUCCCAAACUAAGUGUUCCUGAUGAUGUAUUUGCCCAAAAUUAUAUAUGGAAAGGAUCUUACAAUUACAAAAGCAAGAAACAGCCCAUGACUUUGACAGUCACCAGUUUCAAUGCAACUUCAGGAAGAGUAAAUGCAACGCUUACAAACAGCAAUAUGGAAUUGCUGCUAUCAGGAGUGUAUAAAAGCCAGGAAGCUCGGCUAAUGCUCCACAUAUAUCUCAUUAAAGCACCCUCCCAUACAUCUGUGAGCAAGUUGAAAGAGGAAAAAUGGGCUAUGGAUGGUUUUGUUUCUGCUGAACCUGAUGGAGCAACAUAUGUUUUUCAAGGAUUCAUCCAGGGUAAAGAUUAUGGACAAUUUGGACUUCAAAGAUUAGGUCUUAAUAUAUCUGAGGGUUCAAAUUCUUCUAAUCAACCACAUGGUACAAACAGUAGUUCAGUGGCCAUUGCUAUCCUUGUGCCUUUCUUUGCCCUUAUAUUUGCUGGUUUUGGCUUUUAUCUUUAUAAACAAAGGACUGCACCUAAAACACAGUAUACAGGAUGCUCUGUACAUGAAAAUAAUAAUGGACAAGCUGCUUUUGAAAACCCCAUGUAUGACACAAAUGCAAAGUCUGUGGAAGGGAAAGCAGUACGAUUUGACCCCAACUUGAACACCGUUUGCACAAUGGUAUAAUGUGGUAAUGAUACGUCUUCAAAGUCUGGAAUUGACACACAACACAGUGCACACACAGUUCACUGAUUAAAAAAAAAAAAAUUAAAAAAAAUUAAAGCACACUUUUCAGGAUAUACUGGGUCACCUUUUCCUGAGGAUGAUAGACAAGAAUGGGUUGUGGUUAUUUCGUUUUGAUUUUGUUUUUCAUAAACUGGAUCAGAAUUCUUCUUCGUGUGUACCACGGAGAGUUUUAAAAAAUUUUGCUGCACUCCAUGAGUGUUACUCACAGUUUAUUUGCUUUUUUAAAAAAGGAGGUUAUUCUAAAACAUAAAACAUAUUUGCAUAUAUUGGAGGAGCAUCCACUAUCAGUAUUUCUGUGCUUUAUAAAAAAUAUAAUAGAGGGACUGGGUUAAAAAAAAGAUAUAGGUAGAAAAUAAGAGCUAUACUUACAGGAGACAAUAGGUCACUGACUUCUCUUUAACAGUCAUAUGCUACAUCUUUUUCAUGAGUUUGUACCUUUUUUUCAUUUAUUUAGCCAGUUUAGUAUUUUAUUUUUCUCAGAACAGUUAAUUUUUUAAGUCCAGGGUGUAGUAUUUAGAAAUCAGCAAGUACAACUUACUCUUUUCACGUCACAGAAGAAAAAUUAAAACAUCAUGUUCUUAUUUAAUGAAUUUCCUUUCCUGCUUCACAUCUUGCUUCCUUUU